AUGCACGACUAUGAGGACACCCCUCCCCUCCACCGUGCGUCUAUUCUGAUUGAUCCCAGCUCUGCGACCGGCCACAUCGUCGAGCCACCGGGUCAAACGACAUCGCCGUUGACUCAGGACGAUGAUGGCUUGCCUUUGUCUUCCACGGGAGAGAGAGCGAGGCAGGAGGCUCUGGGCGCUGCGGACGCCGCCGCAGCGGAGGCCGACACCAUCAGCAUUCAAGACAAGAUGGACAAAUUGAAGCCGGAACAACUUGAUAGUGUCACACGCUUGCCCCUCGGUCCUGAUGCUGAUGAAUUUGCUCGUUUCGCGUCCAGCUACAAGGGUGUGGUCACAGAGAUCCUCAACAAAAACGACGUGAAGCGCAAGCAGACUUUCAAUUCCUUCACUUGGGUCACCGGAUGGCUUCCAUUGUUGCGCAAACGUGUCCGUGCUGCUGUGUUUGCAGGCCAAACUACCAACCGUGCCACGCUGGAAUUUCUUGAUGCCAUCUUCCUACAGGUAGAAAAACAUCUGCGCAAGGAACCGGCAGGGCCCUCGACGUACGCCUUCUUCAUUCAGAAAUUGGUGGCUGCCUGGGACACUCAAGACAAGAGCUCCGGGAUUGAUCGUCUUCGCAGUUUUGGCGUGUCCAACGGCGAGGCUUACGGAGAAUUCAUUCGUCGCCCUAAGGCUCUGGCCAUGACCGUCACGGUUUCUCACCACGCGUUCAAGCCUUCGGUUGCGCAAGUGCAGAUAGCUGUUCGAGACUCCAUGUUAAAGCAGUUUCCGGCAGUGUCUGGGCAGGUGUACAAGGAUGAGCAGCUCUCCAUGGAAGCCCCUCUUGGGCGACAUGCUUCGUGUCUGGAUGAUAUGUGGGAUGCGUUGGACAAGCGUGCGUUCGCGCACACGCCGGCGGUGCAUGGAGACGAUUUCUUUUCGGUAUCUUCCACGAAUGCUAGGAGUUCGUCUCCUGUUUCACGUGCUGUAGCUUCUUCGGCGUUGCGUUCGGCGGUGACCCCUUCGUGGAGCCAGGGCUCUUCGGCCGCCGUGAUGAGUGUUGACCCUCUACCUAAUGACGAUCGGGACCCGUUUUUGUUGCACCACAGUGACUGGCCGUUGCAAGGACACUUCCAAGAGGUGUACAACGUCGCUAGUGAGAUGGCUCUAACAAAAAACGAUCCGCCAUUGUUCAUCCCCUUGGUCUCGGCUGAAGAACGCCGCAACGCGCUUCGACUGUACAAGAGCAAGUGCCUCAACUGCUCAGGAGAAGACGACUCCUUCAUAUCCUGUAACCGUGGUUUCGUGAACGCCACCAGCCUGCUUAACAAUGACAUUCAGUUCUGUAUGGAAAAAGAUCCCACCCUUUGGGGUCGGUGGAAAAAGCCCCUCGUCGGAGGCUCCCACUUCGGCUAA